CGUCAUUUGAAAUCAAGGAUCAAACCCGUGGACGCAGUAUUGACGUUAAGGAUGCUGCCUUUAAAGAAGCGAUUUUCAAAAUAACGCCAAUGAGGGAAGCUACGAUUCCUCUGGAAACCAUUUUUCAAACAAGUUUCGCUGAUCAAUGGAUUCAUAUUGCAAGACCAAGUGGUAAAGGCGCUGGUGAAAUACGGUUAUUAUUAAAAUUCCGUAAACAGGGUCCCACUUCUGGUCCCGCUGGUUCAACACCAUAUCCAUUGCCAGAACAUAAUAAUAGUUAUUUUUCGCGCCCACAUUUAGAAUCAGAUUAUCCACGAACUCCAUCUUAUAGAGAUGGCAACAAUUAUAACAGUCUUAGCCCAGUUCUCGGUGCUAUGCUGACAGGAUAUGGUUCUAGUGAUCCUCCACAAAUUACGUUGCCUAAUGCACUACGCAAUACUAAUAUUCCUCCUCUUCAGCAUCAAAAAUCUGAUAUACCACUGACUGGUUACCCUCAACAUCAUUCUGAAG